AUGCAAGGCUACUCACCCGCAGGCGGGCGGGGACGCCACAUGGUCCUCCCAGCGUGGAUGACCCAAGGCCAGAACGCGGGCGCACCUUCCGCCAACGGCGCGGCUCCGGCCAUUCCUCCUCUGUCCGCUCCUUCCGCAGGCCUCAGCCCGAGUCCCCGAGCGACGACAGGCUUCGCUCCAGUCCCCGCUGCGCCAGCAAACGCAGUGGCUGCGCCGCCGUCGGGCGUCUCGGGGAGCCUGGUCUGUGCGUCACCCUUCGCGAACUCCUCGGAGCCGAACGGGGCACCCAAGGCCUUCUCCGGCACGCCCCGCUGGAUGCAAGAAGGCGGUCGCAGCCGCAGUGGCCGCUCGACCUCGACAGACUCCAGAGACGGCGCAGAACGGUCUCGGAGCAGGCGCGAGAGGGAGACCGACAAGCGGCGACGAAGCAGUGCGUCUUCCCGCGCCUCGUCAGAUGCACACCGCGUGUCGCGCAAAGGAAGAAGUCGGAGCAGCAGUGCAGAGAGUCGCCGGCAUCGACGAGGCAGGGACACUUCCGGGAGAGAAGACAGCCGCAGGUCCAAGCGGAGGAGGUCCAGGAGCAACGCGAGCCGCAGUGGCGAGAGAAGACGCACCGACGCAAGUCCACACAGAAGAGAAGAGAGAAGAGAUCGACGGAAAACCAGUUCGUCGCGCAGACAUGAACGAAGCCCCAGCCGUGGCGACCGCAGUCACAGCGAGGACAGGCGAAGGGGCGACAGAAGACGCUCGCGAAGGAACUCGUCGCCGUCUGACUACCCCGGCGCCGACGACUCGCGAGCGAGCGCUGCGACACUCGCAGAUCGCAUUUUAGAGGUCCGUCAGAUGCCUCAGGCAAAGCGCGGAAAUCGACGGUCCGACUUGCUCACUCUCCUGGCCAAAGAUGACGACUUCUAUGCCGAAGACCGCUAUGGAAAGGGAUUUGGAAGAACCAGCUACGUCUCCGAUCUCAGUGCGCCACCGUUAGCGAUCGCGAUACGGAGUCGCCACUCCUUCUCCGUAGACUUCGAGGAGCACACAGACGGCCGGGAUCAAAUCGUCUUGUACGAGUGCGUCAACGGAAAGAUGGUCCGCGUGUACUGCUUCCGAGAUAGCGAGAACCUGGUGCGAAGAAAACUUUCUCUGGACGAGUUGCAGAAGACGCGCAUCUAUGAGAAGGCUCGGAAAUAUUGCUCGAGGAAAGGAGUUCCGGCGGACGCAAAGCAUCACUACUUCGACUAUGUAAACAAUCCCGAGAUCGUGGGGUAG